GCCAAUUGAUCAGUUGAUUGUUAGCCAUCGGGGAGACUGCAUCGCCAAGUGAAUCUAGAGAAUCAAUCAGAGCGGAAAACAGAGCUGGAUUGGGAAAAUCUCAGGAAAAUAUAUAAAAAACCAAACACAUCUCUAAAAUGCUUUACAUACUCUUUGUGGCUUUUCUGGGCCUGGCUCAGGCUCAACGUGUGGGCAAGGCCAUGAUGCAUUUUGGCAAUUGCAAUUCGGCGGAAUAUGGUCGUGGCACUUGCAUUGAGAAAACAGACUGAUUUUAUGCCGUGGACAAACUCACAGACUUUGAGAGUAAAAGGCAAUGUUUCUCCCGCCAGCGACCCGAUCUGGUCUGCUGUCCCCGUGAGACCAACUAUAUCCCCUCCUUUGGUGCCAGGAUAAACAAUGGCACAGCUGCCACACCUUUACCUCUAAGGACAUCUCUCAGGCUAGUGCCUGCCCCUGCUGGUAUGGAUUCCCUGCCGCAGCAUCCGCAUUGUGGCACCUCCUUCUCAUCGCGUGUUUAUGGCGGUAAGGAGACAGGACUCUAUGAAUUUCCCUGGACCACACUCCUUGAGUACUCGGUGAGGGGAGGUGGGUUGGAUUUUCCCUGCGGUGCUGCCUUCAUUGCCCAACGUUGGCUUCUCACGGCGGCGCACUGUCUCGAUGCUCAGAUAUUGGGAUCGGGAAGAACCCUUGUGGCAGCUCGUUUGGGUGAAUGGAAUCGUGAUGAGGAUCCCGAUUGUGAAACCAAAUUGGAUGGCACACGAUUUUGUGCCCCAAAGCAUGUCCGUGUGACCAUCGAUCGGAUUCUGCCACAUGCAAAUUACCAAAGAUCAAACCUAACGAAUGAUAUAGCAUUACUCCGGCUAUCCCGUCCCGUGUUGUGGCAUCAACCGGAAAUGCAACAUGUGGAACCGGUGUGCCUGCCCCCAGAGCGUGGAGCACAGGCCAAUCAGCUGGUGGGAUUCGCUGCCGAUGUCUCCGGUUGGGGCAGAACCGAGGUCAGUGAAAGUAGCAAGGUCAAGCGCAAGGCCAUGGUGACCAUUCAAGCGCUGGAACCAUGCCAAGAAGCCUUUCGGGCCAAGAAUGCGGCCGUGGAUGAGAGGCAAGUGUGUGCCGGUGGCACUUUGGGUGUGGAUUCCUGUGGCGGUGAUUCCGGUGGACCACUUACAGUGGAGGCAAGUACACCGAGGGGUGAUCGAUAUGUUUACCUGGCCGGUGUUGUCUCAUUUGGAUUGGAUCAGUGUGGCAAGUCCGAGUAUUCAGGGGUUUACACCCGAGUGAGCAGCUACAUGGAUUGGAUUGAGGAAACUAUCCGAGCGAAUAGCCUGUAAAAUAACAUUAUAUUAUAUGACACUUUUUUUGUGAAAAAU